AUGCCGUGCGCUCCAGCAAUAGCAUCCAUGUCCCUGGGCCGCGCCUGGGUCCACGCACUCCCCGAGAAACUCGCAAGAGCAUCAGAAGCCGGGUUCAAAGGCGUCGAAAUAUUCUAUGAGGACCUCGAAUACGCCGCGAAGAGCUACGGAGAAGCGAGCGCAGAGAAUUUGCUUGUCGCGGCUGGCGAAGUGAGAAAGCUCUGUGACGCACAUGGCCUGACGAUCAUCGGCUUGCAACCGUUUCUGUUUUACGAGGGCCUUACGGAUCGAAGCAAACACGCGAAGAAAAUCGAGAAGCUCAAAUUGUGGUUCCGAAUAGUGAGGACGCUAGGAACGGAUAUCAUUCAAAUUCCCACUAAUUUUCUGACUGAGAAUGUCACCGGCGACAUGGACCUCAUCGUGCAGGAUAUGGUCGAGGUCGCGGACCUUGGCCUGCAAGAGAGCCCGCCCGUUCGAUUUGCAUACGAAAACCUUGCCUGGGGCACAUAUAUCGAUACUUGGGACUGGAUGUGGGAGGUGGUCAGGCGAGUAGACAAACCGAACUUUGGAUGCUGCCUGGAUACGUUCAACAUCGCCGGGAGGGUCUGGGCUGACCCUACGAGUGUCACAGGAACAACGCCCAACGCUGCUAGGGACCUACAGGACUCAAUCGAGCGACUGGCUCAGACAGUCGAUGUGCGCAAGAUAUUUUAUGUCCAGGUGGUGGACGCUGAACGGAUGCAGUCGCCAUUGAUCGAAGGCCAUCCGUUUUACGUGGAGGGCCAGCCAGCGCGCAUGUCCUGGAGCAGAAAUGCGCGGCUUUUUCUGUACGAGCAAGAAAAGGGCGGCUAUCUCCCCGUCGUGAAUAUUGCUCGCGCGAUAUUGAAGGAUCUUGGGUACAAUGGAUGGGUGUCGAUGGAGUUGUUUUCGCGGACUAUGUCGGACCCCGACAAAGCAGUGCCUUUUACCCACGCGCAGCGAGGGAUUACUGCUUGGAACAAACUUUGCCAGGAGCUAAACUUAUAA